UUACUCUUUGCAUCGGCCUGGUAUCAACAUAAAUGGGCGAUAGAGGCAAAGUUGAUAACAACUGUGCGUCUUAUUUAGGACACUUGUAAAUAUGGUCAAAGCAGACUAAUCUUAAUAAGAUAGGUCUUCUUUGUUGUUUAUUGUAUGUGUUUCGAAAAAAGUGCUGUUUUAUAUCAGUGGAAAAUAGUUAAGAAACCAUGUUGAAAGCUUGUCUACUAGUGGUACUGAUUGGUUGCACAGUCGGCUCCCACGUGAGAAAAAUGGUUUCAGAAGUAACAGUACUUGAUGCUAAUUUGCUGGAGAAUACACCCCUGCGAGUACCUGGACUCAAAAAAGAGCACAAAGGGCUUGUGGAGCAUUUAGUUUUGAUGAAUUGCUCUGGCAGCAUUGAUGAGGUUACUUUUUGGCAGUUUCCUAAACUAAAUAAACUCACAAUAUGGAGAAGCCGUAUAGAACACAUCUCCUCUUUUCUCCCUAUAACCGAGCUUGUAGUAGUAGGCUCCUACUUGCCAAAUCUGGACUUUAGCUUACAAGAGAAACUGCAUAAGCUUCGCGUUCUAUUGCUCAUGGGCAACAAGAAACUUCAAGUGGAACCCUUAAUACUCAAGAAUUUCAAGCAUUUGCAAGCUCUUUUCAUAUCCGAGGCAAACUUUACCGAUGAUUGCGUAACAAAGAACUGGUUCAAUGGAAUGGAAGAUCUGCAAGAAUUGGCACUAAGCGACAAUGGCAUCCAUUGCAUGACUGCAGACGCUUUUAGCAACUUACAAAACUUGCGAAAGCUCGACCUGACCUACAAUCAUCUAUCAAACAUUUACGAAACAGCUUUUAAAAGGCUGACUAAACUCGAACAAUUGGGCUUUUUCGAAAACGAUCUGGAGGAGUUUGAUUUCAAGUCUUUGGCCAGCCAGAUGGGCCAUUUGGAGCUUUUGGGAGUUUCCUGGAAAGUACUAAAAUCCAGUGGAAUAUCUGCAGAAAAUCUACUGAAAGUUCUACCUAAUUUAAAGUUGCUAUCGUUUGGACACACGGAUAUGCCAAGUGAUUUUAAAGCUGGCGAGUUUUGUCAGAUUUUGAAGCAGAAUGGGGUUAGUUGUGCUAUUGAUAGUGUUUUUGGGAUUUCAACCAUUUUGGGGUAUCAAUAGUGAGCCAGGUGGAAGUAUCCAGUAUGGGGUAUGGUUUUUAAAAUAUCUAUUUUUCUGACAAAUGUUUAAUUAUGUUCAAUGAUAUAUUAAAAUGAACACUAUUUUUGAGCCAA